AUGCUCGUGUAUGGCGGCGGAGCCAGGAAUGCGCAGCAGACGUACAGCGAGCCGCCGGCCCGGGAGGCGUACCCGCCGUCAAAGAAGGCGGAGAGUCUCAGCCGGCUGUUCGAGAUGGACGACGCGCCGGGCCGCCGGGAGUGGGUGGGCCGGCUGCUGGCCUUCAUGGAGGAGCGCGGCUCGCCCAUCCUGCAGUGCCCGACCGUCUCCAAGCAGCCGCUGGACCUCUUCAAGCUGUAUCACUUCACCAAGGAGCGCGGCGGCUUCGUCGAGGUGACCACCAGCAAGACCUGGAAGGAUGUGGCGACCGUGAUGGGCAUCGGCGGCUCGUCCAGCGGCGCCUACACGCUGCGGAAGCACUACAUGAAGAACCUGCUGGCGUUCGAGUGCCACUUCGACCGCGGCGGCCAGGAUCCGGCCCCGAUCGUGGCCAAGUUCGAGACCAAGAGCAGCAAGAAGAAGCGCUCCUCCUCGCCCGGUCCGCCGGAGGGCUUCUCCAACUCAGGCUCGCUGGACGGCUUCCCCGGCGGCUACCCGCCCGGCUACCCGCGGCCCGAGUACAACGGCACCGGACCGGCCAUGUCGCCGCAGGGCUACCCGGGCCACGGCUACCCGGGCCAGGCGGCGUCCCAGCCGGGCUACGGACACUACCCGGGCGGCCAGGCGCGGCCCGGCCCGCCCGGACAGGAGUACCCGCCCCAGCAGCAGCAGCAGUAUAUGCAGCCAUACCCCAACCGGUACGGCGGCGCUGUGUCGGCACCGGCCGGGCAGCCGCCGGGCGCCGAGUACCGCUACCCGGGCCCGCCGCCGGGCUGGCGGGGCGGCACGUACACCCAGCACCAGUCGGUGACGGCCGCCUACCUGCGCCCCGCCUUCCCACCCGACAGCGUGGAGGCCACGCUGCCGGUGCUGGCGCGGCGGCGGCGCGGCACGCGAGCCGACGUGGGCGCGCUGGACGGCUGGCGGCUGGUGCUGGCGCUGCGCUCGGGCCAGCUGGCCGAGAGCCGCUGGGCGCUGGACGUGCUUCAGAUCCUCAGCUUCGACGACACGUCGGUGUCGUGGCUGGGCCUGGCGCACAUGCCCGGCCUGCUGGACGCGCUGCUGCACCACUUCCGGCAGGCGCUGGCGGCCGUGUUCGCGCGCCGCGCCGCCGGCGAGUGGUUCGAGGACGGCGCGCCGCCCGCCGAGCCGGAGCCCGACCUGGGCGCCUGCCGGCCGGCCGACCCGGCCGAGCGGCAGCCGCUGCUCUCGGGCGUCGACUACAGCCGCGUGACGCGCCACGGCCGGCCGGUGGAGAUCGCCGAGCGUGGCGACGCCAUUCUGGUGGUGGACCGGCGCAAGGCGUGGGAGGCGCACGCGCCCGGCGCCGACGACGCCUGGGACCACGUGCUGACGCACGUCAAGGUCGAGUCGGGUCGCGUGCCGCACCAGCGGCGGCUCCCGGACGGCCGCGGCGCUGGUGACGGUGGUGGCGGUGGUGACGGCGGCGGUGGUGGUGCAGGGAGUGCGGUGGUGAAGGCAGAGCCGGCUGACGCUCAGAUGGACUCCGAGACGGAGAGGGCGGCGACCGACGCCGCCAAUGACCGGCUGGCCGGCUUCGACGACCCGGGCUUCUUCCUGGCGCGGCUGCGCCGGGCCGCCGCCGUGACUAUCCCCGAAGCGAACGGCGGCGAGGCGGGCGUCGACGGCGCGGCGGCGCCGAAGUCGGAGCCGGCGAUCAAGUGCGAGCCGUCGCCGGAGGCGGCGCUGGCGGGCGCGUCGCCGGACGGGUCGCCGGCGCGGCCGCGGCUCGAGAUUCGUGACCCGGCCGGCACGCUGAAGCGGCGCCGGCCGGACGAGGAGGACGAGUGCCAGCAGCGCGACGAGGCGAGCCUGUUCCUGACGUCCGAGACGCAGGAGGGCAUGGCGGCGCGCUGCCUGGCCGUCGCCACCGUGCUGCGCAACCUCUCGUUCGUGCCGGGCAACGAGGCGGAGCUGGCGGCCGAGCCGGUGCUGUCGCUGCUGGGCGACCUGCUGCAGCUGCACCACCGGCACCCGGCGCGCGCCGCCGCGCACACCAACUACGAUCGUGACGAGGACGCUGACCAGCGCGAGCUGUGCCCGGCGCUGGGCGGCGACGCCUGGUGGGCCGACCACCUGCCGGCGCUGCACGAGAGCGCGCUCGUCACGCUGGCCAACAUCGGCGGCCAGCUGCGGCUGGGCGCUCUGGACGAGCCGGUGGUGCGGCCACUGCUGGACGGCCUGCUCCACUGGCUCCAGUGUCCGGCCUCUUACGCGGCCGACCCCCUGCCCACCGGCGCCUCGGCCGUGUCGGCGCAGCGGCUGGCGCUCGAGGCGCUGUGCCGGAUCUGCGUGCACGCGGAGAACGUCGACCUGCUGCUGGCGACGCCACCCAGCUGGCGGCUGGAGCGCGUGUGCCAGCUGGCGGCGCGCUGGGUCGGCCGCGCCGACGACCAGGUGCGCCGCGAGAUGGCGCUGACGCUGCUGCACGCGCUGGCGGCGGUCGACGAGCGCGUGGCGUGCCUGCUGACGGCGCAGCCCGACUUCGUGCCGACGCUCGUGCGGUUCGUGGAGGCGGCCGAGGCGAGUGCGCUGGGCGUGGCCAGCGCGCAGGGCGUGAACGCGCUGCGUGACAACCCCGACCUGAUGGGCACGAGCCUGGACCUGCUGGGCCGCGCCGCCGGCCUGCUGCUCAGCCUGGCGCGUCUGCCCGAGAGCCGGCCGGCGCUCGUGCGCUGCGAGCACCGUCUGCUGGCGCUGGUCACCUCGCAGAUCCUGGACCAGCGCGUAGCGGCGGCGCUGGCGCAGGUGCUGUACGGCGUGACGUGGCCGGAGGCGGCCGAGUCGUAGCGUCCGGCCGCCGCCGCCGCUGCCGCUGCGAAGGCUGCUCGCCGCUGUGAUCAGGGUGCACGGACGCCAUUGUUCAUCGCACACCGGCUGUUGUAUUCAUAUUGUACAUGUCCAAAGCGCUCUGGGUUGUCAGCUGUCGAAUUCCUGAAUAAAUGUUCAU